AUGUGGGACACCCUCGUUUUGACACCAACUAGGAAGCCUCGUUUGGAUGCACUGUCCAAUGCCUCGAUUGGAAUUCUGCAAUUGAAACAAUGUGCAAAUGGUGGCACAACUUUGGCAUGGCAUGACGGUGAUACUGCACUAUUUUCAGUUCGUCGUGCCCAAAUCUUUUCAUUCACAGUUCACCUUGUGUGGGCAUUGGAGGAAGAGAUUAUCUCUGGAAAGUUUGAGCUUCGCCACGAAAUCACCAAUAUCGAUGGCUCUACCGGUCCAUUCCUUUGUCCUACCACCACCUGUGGACAUUCCUUCACUUCAACAAAACUCUCCACCGCGCCCAUCACUCUUUCUGGGACAGGAAUGAGCACUAUCUACUUAUCCCCUAUCAAUGGCUGGUUUUCCAAUGGAACGGCUUCCUCAGGACGCCUCUCCAGGGUCAUAUUUGGAGAAACUCAAUGUUUCCUCUGGGAUUUCGAACGUUAUGUGGACACAGCAUUCCGACUGAACACCGACCAGUCGCUGAACGAGAUGCUCGUUAUCUCAUCUCCUACCAUCGAUCCUAUCGAGCGCUCUCCUACCCCCCUGACUGUGACAUCUCCUCGUUCACUGCCAAUUACAUCCCCCGUUCCCCCGUCGAUCACGCCUCCACGAACGAUCACUCCUUCGAUCAUAGAUCCGGCCGAGCACAUGCCCGAGCGACGAGACCGAAAACAUCCGAGUCUUCGAAAGUCGAUCAAGAAACUGUUUAGCUUUCGAAGGAAAGAUCGUCGACUCUCCAACCCUUUCUUCUAG